GCUAUAAUGUAUCUUAAAUAUACCUUUGUGGGAUGUUUUGUUUUGUUUUAAGGCAAGAUCAAGGCUGGAAUUAAGGGAGAAAUCUACCAAGGAAGAUGCUGAGGAUGUAAUAGAAAUAAUGAAAUAUAGCAUGCUGGGAACCUACUCUGAUGAGUUUGGAAAACUGGACUUUGAACGUUCACAGCAUGGGUCUGGGAUGAGCAAUCGGUCACAAGCAAAAAGAUUUGUUUCUGCCCUUAACAGUAUCGCAGAGAGAACUUACAACAAUCUCUUUGACUUGCAACAGCUUCGACAAAUUGCAAAGGAGCUACAACUACGAGUAUCCGAUUUUGAGAGCUUUAUUGGAUCCCUAAAUGACCAGGGUUACCUCUUGAAAAAAGGUUCAAGAGUUUAUCAGCUUCAGACGAUGUGAAAAGAGCCACUGCAAUCAACUUUCUUGAGACAUAACUGUUACAUCUGAUGGACCUGCAGGAUGCUGAGCGCCCGCGGGCUUGCUUAAAGCCGCUGUAGGAUAAACCGGCACAUGGUAUUGCUGCUCGAUUCACCCUACAGGUCUGCUAGCUCAAAGGGGACUCUGUAAGACCAGCAUGUACUUUGUCCUCCUUGAGGAGUGGAAAAUACAUUUUAUAUUGACAUUAUCGCAGUGCCACAACAGAUUUUUACUUCUAAAAGAGACAUUGGACCCACAAAUUUAAAACCGGGAAUCUUUUUGUGAUAAGGUGAUGCAAGUUGUAUUUUUAGCACUGUAGUUCUUGAGAGGAAUUUAAAGUACAAAUGUGUUUCCAAAAUGUUGGGACCCUUCAGGUUGAGACAACACAGUUUUACAGCUGUUAAGAAGUGUUGCUUUACUGGAACUGACUCCAUUUUCUGCCUUGUAUCUCUGUGUUUAUUGGUCUUUGAAGCUGAGAUUUUAUUUGAAAUGCAAGUCUGAUUUAAGAAAACAUCCUCAUUACAAUAUUUAAUUUGUAAAACAGGAAUGAGAUUUUAUGUAUGUCUUUCAUUAAACGUUAUGUAUGAGAAAUC